AGGUUACAAAUAAGUCUGUAUUACAGGCAAGCUUUUUGUCUGAACUAAAGCGUUCAAUUGACGAUGAUGAAAAUGUUUAUGCUAGGAAUAAGAAUUAUGUGAAAAUAAUCGUAAAUAAUUAUGGAAAGCGCAAACCUUUUAGAAUCCAGUUUAUACUGCUGUCACAGAUGUAAAGGUCUUUUUUCUGCAUCUGAUGACAAGGUGAAGCAUCAGAUGAACUGUAUGGGAAACCCAAUGGAAUCAUCUUGUGCUUACUUUGCAUGUGAAAGAAAAGUUUUCCUACAGCUUUUCCAACCUGAUGACUUUCUGUUUGAUGGAUGUGACACUCCAUUUCUGUUUUCAAAAGAUGACAGUUUCAUCAAUCAUUUUGUCAAGAUUAGAGUACCCGACAUAUUUGAUCCUUCAAUUUUUCUCAAAUCAGCCAGCACGUUUCAACCUAACCAAAGUGAUGCUGAAGACACAAACUUCCUAAUUGAAUCAAAUAUUAACACUCUUGAAGAAGAGGCUGAAAAAGUUACCGGCAGUACUUAUGUUGAUCCCAGUAAAGAAGUAGAUCCAAUUUCUGAGGAUCGUAUUCAGAGCAUAAUUAAUAAAAACAUUGAGUACUUAAAGCAUGAUGAUAUACCAAGUUUGAGUAGUGGAAGGAAUAAAGUUGAAUCAUCAUUUUCAAGCAGUCAAAGUUUUCCCCAACUAUUGUCACCAAUAGAUAAACAUUUACAUUUAUUUGGAGAAGGAUCUAAGUCAAGAUUACAUUCACCGUUUGAGAGAGGUUCAGGACUAUUACAAGAUGGACAACUUGGGUAUAGUUCUGGUAGUUUUAUGUAUUCUUCUAAUCCAUCUUUACCAUUUUCUUGUGGAUUGUCAACAGAUUUGUUCAGUAGCAUUCCACUUCCUCAGGAGGAAAACCAACAAACAUUACCAACAAACAUUGAAGAAUUCCCAACACUGCAAUAUCUGGAUUUAGCAAAAAAGGAUCCUUUUGUUGGUCAGAAUCUAGGUUUAUCCCAAAUCAACAAUGCUAAAGAUCCUUUCCUGAUCAAUGCUGCUUUAAAAACUACAGAAAGACCAACUUUUGGCUUACAGAAGUCACAGAUAACUCGAAGUUGUGAGGAUUUGCAGUCAAGCCCUGCCUUACCAUUACAAGAUGGAAACUAUUUUAAUUUUCCAAGCACUCUGGACGAGCCGACACAACUAGAUUAUCUUGACCUUGCUACUUUAGAUUUUAUAACCAAUCCUAACUUGAUCAAUUACGCUCCUAUUAAUGUUAAAGAAAAGACAUAUGAGAAAGACCAAGACAUUUAUAGCGAAGAUAACAUUACAUGUGAUGAGCCUAGCAGUAUAAGGUCAGAGGCUGUGACAAGACUCUGUACUUUAAGUGAUCAUGGGGGAUCAGAGGGCUUAUCAGCAUUCUCAAGAGUAAAGAAAAAGAAAAAACUGAGACUGAAAAAAAGUAAGAGUGACAUUGAGCGAAGGUAUGAAAAUAUUCCGCCUCAGAACAGAAAUAGUUUUUUAUAUCCUGAGAUCAAGGAAGUAUUUGUUAAACAUCCUGAUUUGACAGGCACUAGACCAGUAACUUUUCAAGAAAAAGAUAGAAAAUCUGUUUUUGAGACUACAGACAUAAAAAAGUGCAGAAAGAGAAGAUCUGAUUCCCCGAAAGGAAACAAAAGUGAAAGUAAAUUGAUGAAAAUGAAUAGAAAGUCAUACGACUUCAAACCAGAAAAACAUUUAAAUGUUAGGGAAAAGUUGACUCAUCUAACAGAGGAGCAAAAAGAUAAAAUGAAAGCUGUGCUUGGUCAGAGUGGGUGUAUUUUUGUGAAAAAGAAAAGGUCAUUGUCUUGUGAUGAACCAGUUGUGUAUGUCAAUGAUUCGCAAGUGUUUGGUAGUACCGGAUUGUUUCGAGAACAUUCGGUAGAGAGGGAUGAUAAAUUCCAUCCUAUUAAAUCAAACUCGAGAGUUCUCUUUGAUGAACAGCAUAAAACAAGGAGACUUAAAUCUGUCUUGCAUUUGAAAUGUCAGGAAUGUGAUUUCAAAUGCCGGAGUGUUAUUGAAUUAAAUAAUCAUCGUACCAAACACAUAAAACAAUCAGAGACGGAAUUGCUUGAAGAAAAAACUAAUCAAUCCAGUCAAGUGUCAGGAAUGCCGAAACUGUUGACAGACCAGCAAAAAGUUACUGAAAAGAAUUCAGAGGUUAGUGAGCAAGGAAUGGUUUAUCAUUCAAACGCUUCAUGUCAUCUUGAGAAAAUUCCUGAAGUAGCUGUGGUAGAUGAACUUGCGGUAUCUAAACUGUUUGAAGCUGAUAUGAGUAACACAUUUACCACAUCUUUGUCAAUUCCAUUUGUUUCAGAAAACAGUGAACCAAAUUAUUGUGAAAGUAUUGCUAAUAGUGAAGCCUCAAAAGAAGUAAAUGCUUCUUCAACAGAUACUUUACCUUACGUACCUGUAAAAAUGACAGUGGCAUCAUUGACUCAGGUACCAAAAACUGAAAAAAAUAGAGUUUCACUUUUGAGUCAACCCAGCUCUUCACUAUUUUUAAAUCCAGACUUAAGUCAAGAAACAGAAAUGGCUGUUAAAGCUAUUGAAAAUAUUAGUAGUGAAUUUGAUAAAUGUAUUUUAGAUAAAGAUGAAAUUUCUUCUGAUUACACAAGUAGGACUGUUUUAGUUGAUAAAAAUGAAGCUAAUAAUGUACAAAGAUCAGACAUUGAUAUUGCCUACGAAAAGUCAGGGUUAGGUUUGCUUAAUAUAAAUUCUGUAGAACAAGACAUUACAGAUACAACACAAAGUCUUUCAGAAGAAAUCAAGCCUUUCAGUACACUAACCACAGUAUCAUUGUUUCAAGAGGAAAAUACUUUUUGUGGAAUUCAUUCAUGAAAUUAGCAAAACAGUUGAAAGCA